AUGCAUAGUCAGAACAUUCAGAGGCCCAGCUCCUGCAAGAAGAAAGUGGUCAAGGACCACUAUGAGUUUCUAGGGGUCAUUGGGCAUGGCGGAUUUAGCCAGAUAAAACUAGCUCGCCAUCACCUCACUGGGGCAAAAGUGGCAGUCAAAGUGGUGUGUAAAAAUGAGAAGAAUAUCCAGGUACUCUCAGAACCAAAUGUUAUGAGGAGCCUAGACUAUCAUCCGAAUAUCAUUCAAUUAUUUCAGAUCAUUGAAACUCAAAGAAAUAUUUAUAUCAUAAUGGAAUACGCAGAUGGGGGACAGUUAUUUGACCAUAUUCCACCAGGUGGCAUGCAGGAGGAAAAGGCCCGCAGAUUUUUCAAACAGAUGGUGGGUGCCGUGGACUACUGCCAUGACAAGGGAAUUGUGCACCGAGACCUUAAGCCAGAGAAUGUCAUGGUAGAUGCCAGAGGCAACAUAAAACUUAUUGACUUUGGCCUCAGCACCUGGUUUACCUCUGGCCAAAAUCUCAGGCACUUCUGGGGCACUCUCUCACAUCUUGCCCCCGAAGUGGUCCUGAGGCAAGCACAUGAGGGCCCCCAAGUGGACAUCUGGAGCCUGGGCAUCAUGCUAUACUUUUUGUUGACUGGGACCCGCCCUUUUGUGGGGUGCACCACUCAGGAUUUACUGAGGCAGAUCGUGCUUGGAACAUACAACAUCCCUCACCGUGUUCCAGUGGAGGCGCGUCAACUUAUUCAUCAAAUACUGACCCUGAACCCCAGGAAACGGCCCACAGCCAAGCAAAUUCUUCAGCACCCAUGGCUGACACAGGGUGAGCAGUAUGUACCCCAGCAUUUUACUGAGGCACUCACCAAACACCCAGAUCCAGAAAUAAUGACCAUUCUGUGUGAUCUGGGUUAUGAUCCAUAUAAGACCUGGAUGUCUCUGGCCACUAGGAAAUUCAAUACAGCUAUGGCGACAUACCUUAUAUUAAAGCACCAGAAAAACCAGGGGCCAGGCUGCAUGUUCCAGGGGAAGCCUGUGCCUCCAAGGGUUAAGCCUCACCCGUGCCCCAUGGAUCUUUCCCAUUUCACUGGCAUCACCAAAAGGAGUCCUAGCGAGCCUGUGCUUCCCACCUUCCCCAUGCCUCAGCUGCCUGAGGAGGCCAAACAGGCAGGGAAAAAGGCUAUGAGAAGGGCCAGCCUUCCGGCCAUUCAUCUCCACUUCCUGACUACAAGGACCACGGUGCCUGAUAUAUCCACCCAGUCUGCCUCUGGGCAACAGCAUGCCAAGAGGAAGCACUGGAAGUGGGUGGUUAGGGGAAUUGUUUCUUGUGUCCAAAAACUGUGCUGUUGCGUACCAUGUGUCAGCAAUUAG